AUGGGUAAUACCAAACAGCAGGACGAGGCCAUUGCAAACCAUGUCUCUGGCCAGAGCAAUGAGCCCAUGAGCCGUCCCGCUCACGCCUUGAGCUUCGAGGCUGUUGUCGAGGAGCUCAAGACUGAUACCAUGCACGGUCUCAGCACGGCCGAUGCCAAAGAGCGACACGAGAAGUUUGGCAACAACGAUCUCGGCGAAGCUGAUGGCGUUCAACCUCUCAAAAUCGUUAUCGCCCAGGUUGCUAACGCAAUGACACUGGUGCUUAUUCUUGCUAUGGCUGUUUCUUUCGGUAUCAAGUCAUGGAUUGAAGGUGGUGUCGUCGCCUUCAUUAUUGGUCUCAACGUCACCGUCGGUUUCUUCCAGGAAUACUCUGCCGAGAAGACUAUGGACUCGCUCCGAUCCAUGUCUUCUCCUACUGCUAGUGUUGUCCGAGAUGGAGACUCCAAGGUUAUUCCUUCAGUUGAGGUCGUUCCCGGUGAUCUUGUGGAAAUCAAGACCGGAGACACGAUCCCUGCCGAUAUUCGACUGAUUGAGGCUGUUAACUUCGAGACUGAUGAGGCUAUGUUGACUGGUGAGUCUCUCCCCGUUCGAAAGAACGAGGAUGAGGUUUUCGAGGACAGCACCGGACCCGGUGACCGUAUCAACGUCGCCUACAGCUCCUCUACUGUUACCAAGGGACGUGCUAAGGGUAUUGUCUUUGCUACUGGUAUCAGCACCGAGAUUGGUGCUAUCGCUGCUGCCCUCCGAAAGAAGGACAGCAAGGUCCGUCCCGUGAAGCGUAAGCCUGAUGGUUCUGCCAAGCCUCACCGAUACCUCGAAGCCUAUACUCUUACUACUACCGAUGCUGUUGGUCGUUUCCUCGGUGUUAAUGUCGGCACUCCUCUCCAGAAGAAGCUGUCCCGACUGGCAAUCUACCUCUUCGGUACUGCUGUCAUCUGUGCUAUCAUCGUCCUUGCUGCCAAUGACUUCAAUGCCUCCCAGCAAGUUAUUAUCUACGCUGUCGCUACCGGUCUCUCUAUGAUUCCUGCUAGUCUGGUUGUCGUCUUGACUAUCACCAUGGCUGCUGGUACAAAGCGCAUGGUUGAGCGAAACGUUAUUGUCCGAAACCUCAAGGCUCUUGAGGCUCUUGGUGCCGUUACCGAUAUUUGCUCUGACAAGACUGGUACUCUCACUCAAGGUAAGAUGGUUGCCCGUGGAGCCUGGACUCCUGGAAAGGGAACAUAUCUUAUCGAGAACACCACCGAGCCUGUCAACCCUACCCUGGGCGACAUUCGCUGGUCUCGCAGCCAGCCCCACGAGCUUCCCCUCAAGGAUGGUGGUGAUAACUGCGGUGCCCUCUCUUCCGUCAGUGAGCUCCUCACCCAGAGCAAGUCUGCUCUCGUCAAGUUCCUCGAAGUCGCUUCCCUUGCCAACCUUGCCACCGUCAACGAGAAGAACGGCGAGUGGCACGCCCGUGGUGACCCUACCGAAAUUGCCAUCCAGGUCCUUGCCUCCCGCUUUGACUGGAACCGUCUCCGUCUUACUAGCCACGAUGCCGCCAACCAGUACAGUGAGAUCGCUGAACUUCCUUUCGACUCUGACGUAAAGCGAAUGUCCGUCAUCAUGAAGGACAACCGAACCAACCAGCUCUUUGCCUAUACAAAGGGUGCUGUCGAGCGUGUCAUUGGUGCUUGUACCACUUACUGCCCUGAGGAUGAUGAUGAGCAAGUUCCCAUCACCGAGGAGUUCCGCGAGCAGAUCCUCCGCAACAUGGAGUCUUUCGCUGGCAUGGGUCUCCGUGUCCUUGCUCUUGCUUCCAAGCCCUACAAUGUCGACAUGAAGAAGGGUGAUGAGGUUGACCGUACCACUGUUGAGUGUGAUCUUGUUUUCCGCGGUCUUGUUGGUCUUUACGAUCCUCCCCGUCCUGAGUCUGCUCCUGCUGUCCGAGAGUGCCAUCAGGCUGGUAUCUCCGUCCACAUGCUUACUGGUGACCACCCCGAGACCGCUAAGGCUAUUGCCAUCGAAGUUGGUAUCCUACCUACCCGCAUGGAUAUGGUUGCCGAAGAUUCUGCUGCCAUUAUGGUUAUGACUGCUACCCAGUUCGAUGGUCUUACCGAUGAUGAGGUCGACCAGCUUCCUUUCCUCCCUCUGGUUAUUGCUCGAUGUGCUCCUCAGACUAAGGUCCGCAUGAUCGAAGCUCUCCACCGAAGAGACAAGUUCUGCGCUAUGACUGGUGAUGGUGUUAACGAUUCCCCCUCUCUCCGCCGUGCCGAUGUUGGUAUUGCCAUGGGUCAAGCCGGUUCCGAUGUCGCCAAGGAUGCUUCCGAUAUUGUUCUCAGUGACGAUAACUUCGCUUCUAUUGUUGCCGCUAUCGAGGAGGGUCGCCGUAUCUUUGACAACAUCCAGAAGUUCAUUCUCCACGUGCUCGCCACCAACGUCGCUCAAGCCCUCGUCCUUCUCGUCGGUCUCGUCUUCAAGGACCGUACCGGUCUCUCUGUCUUCCCCAUCGCCCCUGUCCAGAUCAUGUGGAUCAUCAUGGCUACCUCUGGUCUUCCUGACAUGGGUCUCGGUUUCGAGCGUGCCGUCGCUGGUAUCCUCCACCGACCCCCUAUCUCGCUCAAGACUGGUGUUUUCUCUUUCGAGUUCAUCAUCGACAUGGUUUUCUACGGUCUCUGGAUUGCUCUUCUGUGCCUCAGCUCUUUCGUCCUCCGUCUCUACGCCUUUGGCGACGGUGAGCUCGGUGAGGACUGUAACGACACCUACAGCGAGAGCUGUGAGACUGUCUUCAAGGCCCGUGCUACCACCUUUGCUUGCCUUACCUGGUUCUCUCUCUUCCUCGCUUGGGAGAUGAUUGACAAGCGACGAUCUUUCUUCCGCAUGCAGCCUGGCUCCAAGCUCUACCUCACCCAGUGGAUGCACGACAUCUGGCGCAACCAGUUCCUCUUCUGGGCCAUCAUGCUCGGUAUCAUCACCCUCUUCCCCAUCCAGUACAUCCCCGUUAUCAGCGACACCGUCUUCAAGCACAAGGGCAUCACCUGGGAGUGGGCCAUUGUCUUUAUCGCUGCUUUCCUCUUCUUCGCCGGUGUUGAGGCCUGGAAGUUCGGCAAGCGUGUUUACUUCCGCCGUCAAGCUGCCAAGUCGAAUGGCACUGACUGGAAGGAUAUGGACCUCGAGCAGCGCACCUUUGGCGAGUAUCUCACUCCCGACUCUAGCGAGGCUAGCGUCCGCCACGACUCCGAGAAGGUUGACGCUCAGGCUGCCGCUCGCAACAACAAUAUGACCGAGAAGAAGGCUUAA